AUGUCGGUGUUAGUUAACAGGAGCCCUACUAAGGAUUUUGUUGUUUCUAGAGGUUUGAGACAAGGUGAUCCUCUUUCACCUUUUCUUUAUGUCUUGGUUGCGGAAGGCCUAACGGGGUUAGUGAGACAAUCCAUUGAAAUUGGGGAGUUUGGGAGAUUUGCGAUUAAAAGGUCUUGUUGGGUGGAUAUCCUCCAAUUUGCGGAUGAUACUUUAAUUGUUGGAGAAGGAACUUGGAAACAUGUUUGGGAGAUCAAGUCGAUAUUGCGAGCUUUUGAACUUGUUUUGGGUCUUGGAAUUAAUUAUCAUAAGAAUAAGUUGAUGUGGAUUAAUUCUAGCAUCAUGUUUUUGGAAACCGCCUCUCUCUUCCUUUCUUGUAAAAUAGAAGAUAGUAACUUCUACUUUCUUGGUAUUCCUAUUGGUUUUAAUCCUAGGAAGGAAUCGACUUGGAACCCUCCUUUGAUUAAGAUGAGGAACUAUGCUGGUGAAGGUGGCGAAAGAGUUUACAAGGCUUCAAAGCAAUUUCUUAUGGGGGUGGAGGAAAGGAAGAAGAUUCAUUAG